UCUUUGAACCUGGACAGUAUUUCUGGAUCCUUUCCUGGAAAAUAAAAAGGGCCAAGCUUAUUGCCAACCAUAUUAUUUAUAUAGAGCUGCAGAUGGCACCCAUAAAGCUUAUAAACAAGAGGACUUAUGCGGACUUCACAGAAACCCCACGGAAACCUAGAUUUAAGGAUUUCGAUAAUAUUGAGUAUGCUGAUACCUACUCAAAGUGGAGCAUACACGUGAGGGUAGACGUGAAGUUUCUUCCUAACAAAUACAAUGACAACAUUUCCUUUGUUCUUAUGGAUAAAACUGGGGCAAAAAUAGAAGCAACCGUUUGGGGAAAUGCUGAAGUAGCGCGAUUCAACCGCAUCCUACAACCUGGUUGCAAAUAUACCAUUCAUAGAGUUACAAUUAGUCCUAAUGCGGAAUCUGUUGAGUUUAGAGCGAUUGAACACCUGUUUGAAUGCCGUUUUGAUCGAAAGACAGUGGUUGAGCCGUCUCUGCCUAUUGAGUUCCCAAUACUCCCAAAGCAUCUGAUGCCAUUUUCAGAUGUAGCCAAGCGUCCAAAUAAAACAUUUGUAGACAUAGUUGGCAUAGUCGUUCACUGUUGUGAACUUGAACGUUUUGGGAGGUAUGGCAAGUAUAGGGAAGCUAUCUUCGCGGAUGCUUGGGGCAAUCUUAUAGCCGUUGGCAUACGGGGUUUACAGUUGAUUCAGAGCUCAUACCUAUGGUCAACGGCUGAAGGCGGCAACCCUAUUGUCAUUGCAACCAUGUUGCAGAAAGAUAUUAAAUUUGGUAAUUGAUUUAUCUGCAUCACCAUAUACUGCAUAUUUUAACUUAUUUUUAUUGAAACACCGGGGUAAUUAUAUUUGUUCAACUUAACAAUAGGUGAUUUGAAUACAUCAGACCAUACAAACAUUGCAUUCAACCCAGCUCAUCGUGCAGCACGUCCUCUCCAGGAUAUCCGCCAAAAAAUAAUUAGUGGAGCGAUUGACAUGACCUUCGUGCAAAGGUUUGUUGAGAGAAGGUCAGCCUUUGUCGCGAUGGUGCUGGCUAAAAGAGAUGCACGCUACAGGAAGUAGAUGACGUGGGAUUGUCUUUUCGCUGCUGUAGUUUAGGGAAGCUACAUGCUAUAUGAUUUCUGUGUGUCUAUUGUAAUUUGGUGAGGAAACAGAAUCGUAUAUUGUAUUUCGUCUGUUCAAUGUAUUUGUUGUUUGAAAGAACCUAUUGUGUGA